AUGAGCGCGCUGCUGUCGUCCGCGGCCGUGCGCGCCACGCCCGUGGCGCGCGUGUCGAACGGCGCCAAGGUCUGCAUGGCCAACAAGAAGGUCUACCACGUCGAGAUCGCGCGGCGCGACGGCGAGUCGACGGACGUGAUGCUGCGCAAGUUCCGCACGGCGGUGAACAGCGCCAACAUCGUCAACGAGUGCCGCCGCCGCCGCACCUUCGAGAACGGCCAGGACCUCAAGAAGCGCAAGGCCAAGGAGAUGCCCAUCAAGAGGCGGAAGGAGCGCAUGUCGCGCUACCGGACCAUGGACCAGGCUGUGCAGUCCUCGGCUGGCAUCGUCGAGGUGGGGCCUUUCUCGGACCUGUUCGGCAGCGACCAGGACGUCUUUGCCGGGUCUGAGGUGGGCAGCCAGUAA